AUGGCCGAAGAAACAGAUUCACAGACGGCAGAGGCUGUCAAAAUAUCGGUCUUCACGCCGCUCAUUUACGUCGGAGUGAUGCUUACCAUAUUCGCUUUUUUCUCGGUUUGGUACAGAAGACGAAGGGUUGAAAAAUUCAGCGAAGUGAAACCACUAUUUAAAGAGAAUUACAAUGCACUCAUAUACCAGCAGCUCAAGAGCCAAUACGACGAUCCGAACUUGGGCAAGGACAAGAAGCCGCAUGAAAAAGUGUUGAAGGCAGCGUUGUUGCGAAGAGCAGUGGAAGCGAUCAGACGAUCGAUGAAGUUGAAAGAAAACGAGCCUAUUUUCAAUAAAUUGUACCAGAAUGGCCUGAUUGGCGAUGACAUGUUCAAGCAAUUGGAGUUUCAGAUCAAGUUCCAGGAAAUCGAAUUGAAAGAAAUCGUCGUUGAGUGCGAGCUGUUCAAAAAAGGUUGGUCCCAGACCUUUUUCCCGCUCGCCCAGGAAAUUUGCUUCAACGAGGCAUUGAGAAGGAGAUUGAACGCCAUGCCCGAGCGGUCGGAAAACUUGUCUGAGCUUUGGGACUACAAGAUUGUACAGCCCUCGGAUAAAGUAGCAGCAUAG